UGGAGCCUCGGCUGCCUCCGAGGUGAGUCGCGUACAGCCGCCUCCUCUGGUUGGUGUCUGGAGUGGAGGGAAAGAGGCGGGGACGCUUCCUUCGCGCCUCUCGGGCAUGAGCAGCACCGGCUUCUGCGCGCCCAGGGACCUGAGCCGGAGGUUGGGGAAGAAGAUCUCCUUCCACGGGGGAGCCGAGACCUUCCGAAGAGGGCCCCGGCGCGGGAGAUGUGCUGCUUUCCGGCGGCUCCUCGAGCAGCAUGUUCCCCGAUACUGGCGCUAACACCUCCUCUGGCAGGGGCAGCGGGCAGGUGGAAUCCGCGGGGGCCGCCGUCGGCUCCGGCGCCUCAGGAGCCCCAAGUCCCGGGCGCGGGGAGUCCUGCAAGAAGAGUAGCAGCGUCCCAGCCGCGGCCGAAGGCGACGGCGAAGAGGACGAAGAAGAGGCGGCGGAGGCGGCGGCUCCCAUCCUGUGGACCCGCUCCAUUCUGGCCACUGGACUGGGGAUGGUGGGGUUGGCCGUCUUCCUCUUCCAUCUGGGGCAGCAGAAGCCGCCGCCGGAGAAGGAGGAGGAGGUCGGCGGAGAGCUGUACGUGGCCUGGCUCCUGCUCCGGCUUGUCUUGUACCUGGUUUGUGCUGCCGGCGCCUUCUUACUCGGUUUCUUGCUGGCUCUGGGGAGCCAAAAUCGCGGCCGCCUCCGACCCCUGCCGGCUUUCCUUGCCGCUUGGAAGCGCCGUUACCCGGGAAGAGCGAGCGCGGCGCCGUUCUGGCCAGCUGCCGGGAACCUCAUAUUUGGAAAUGGACAAGAACCAGUCCAGUCAAGGAGAGUGGUAAUUUCUCAUAACAUGGACAAAGCUCUGAAAGAAGUGUUUGACUACAUCUAUCGAGAUUAUAUUUUGUCUUGGUAUGGAAACCUCAGCAGAGAUGAAGGACAGCUGUAUCAUCUUCUGUCUGAAGACUUCUGGGAAGCUGCCAAGCAGCUGCGGCACAGACUCCGUCACAUUGAUGUAGUUAAAGUCAUUUGCAAUGAUGUAGUGAAAGCUGUGCUCAACCAUUUCUGCGAUCUUAAAGCAGCCAAUGCCAGAUUGGAAGAACAACCACGGCCAUUUUUACUGCAUCCUUGUUUGAGGAAUUCUGAAGAAGAGGCAAGAUUCCUGCAAGCAUGCUCUCAGACUCUGGUCUAUUGUCUUCUGCCCUCAAAGGAUGCUCAGUCUUUAAGCUUGCGUAUAGUCCUGGCAGAGAUACUUGCAGCAAAAGUACUGAAACCAAUGGUAGAGCUAUUGAGUGAUCCAAACUACAUCAACCACAUGUUGCUUGCCCAGAUGGAAUACAGAGAACAGCUGAUUGAGCAUCACAAGAGAGCUUAUACAUAUGCUCCUUCUUACGAAGAGUUCAUCAAGCUUAUUAACUGUAACUCAGAUGUUGAGUUUCUCAAACGAUUAAGGUAUCAGAUUAUGGUGGAAAUAGUUCAAGCAACCACUAUCAGCAACAUCCCCCAGAUGAAACGCCAAAAAGAGAACAAGGUUAAAGAAACUGCUGCAAUGAAAGCAGAUCAUUUGAGGGCCAGAAACAUGAAAAGAUAUAUUAAUCAACUAACAGUAGCAAAAAAACAAUGUGAAAAACGCAUACGACUUCUGGGAGGCCCUGUUUAUGAUCAACCAGACGAUGGUAUUUUUGAGGAUAGUGAAAGUCCUCAGAGCCAAAAGAUACUUCAGUUUGAAGAUAUAUUGUGUAAUCCAUCCUACAGAGAGCACUUUCAAAUAUACAUGGAAAGAAUGGAUAAGAGAGUUCUGAUCAGCUAUUGGGAAUCUGUAGAAUACUUGAAGAAUGCUAACAAGGCCGAAAUACCUCAACUUGUGAGUCAAAUCUAUCAGGAUUUUUUUGUGGAAAGCAGAGAAAUUCCUGUGGAAAAAAUACUAUACAAAGAGAUACAACAGAGUCUUGUGGGCAACAAGGGCAUUGAGGUGUUUUAUAAAAUUCAGGCUGAUAUUUAUGAAACAUUGAAAGACAGAUACUAUCCAUCAUUCAUUGUCAGUGAUUUAUAUGAGAGGCUGAUCAAGAAAGAAGAGAGGACUCCAGUCCAAAUGGCAUCUGAUGACAAAGAUGAUAGACAAGUUUGUGAAGAAGUUAUUGAUGGAGGAAGCUCAGUAAUUAAUGAACAGGCCAGUUUUGCUGUAAAUAAACUACGCCAAUUAAAUGACAAACUUGAAUACAAGAGACAAGCUCUAAAUUCUCUCUGUAGUUCACCAAAACCUGACAAAAAGAUUGUUUCUAAAUUGAAAGAUGAAAUCAGUCUGAUGGAGCGAGAACAUAGUGACCUUCAAUUGCAUAUUGAAAGAACAGACUGCUGGUGUGAAAAUCUUGGCAUGUGGAAAGCCUUCAUUAAUACUGGAGAGGUCAUUGAAGAAAAUGGUGAACAAGUUCCCUACUAUUCUGUUGUAGUGAUAUUACAGGAGAUUGGCAGGGUUGAAGCAAAGGAGUGGACAGUUGUCCGAAAGCUCAAUGAGUUUCAAAGUCUGCAUCGGAAACUCAGUGAGUGCUUUCCAUCAUUAAAGAAAACUCAGUUGCCAUCACUCAGCAAAUUGCCCUUUAAAUCUGUAGACCAGAAAUUCAUGGAGAAAUCUAAGAACCAAUUAAAUAAUUUCUUACAGAAAUUGCUUUCUGAUGAAAGGUUGUGUCAGAGUGAAGCACUUUAUGCCUUCUUAAGCCCUUCUCCCGAAUACCUUAAGAUUAUCGACAUACAGGGAAAGAAGUCAACAUUUUCACUCUCGUCCUUUUUGGAGAGGCUUCCUGGUGACUUCUUUUCUCAUCAGGAGGAAGAAGCUGAAGAUGAUGAUCUAUCUGACUAUGGGGAUGAUGUGGAUGGAAAACGGGAUGCCCUUGCAGAGCCUUGUUUCAUGCUGAUAGGAGAGAUUUUUGAGCUGCGAGGAAUGUUCAAGUGGGUGAGGAAGACACUAAUUGCACUAGUUCAGGUCACUUUUGGAAGAACCAUCAACAAACAAAUUCGUGACACUGUAAAUUGGAUCUUUAGUGAGCCAAUGCUUGUUUACUAUAUCAAUAUAUUUCGAGAUAUGUUUUGGCCAAAUGGGAAACUGGCAUCCAGCACAAAGCCUAUAAGUGAACAGCAAAGUAAAGAAACAAAACAGAAAGCACAGCAGAAACUACUUGAAAACAUUCCAGACACACUCCAAAGUCUCGUUGGACAGCAAAAUGCUCGCCAUGGCAUAAUCAAAGUGUUCAAUGCACUACAAGAAACCAAGGCCAAUAAGCAUCUUCUUUAUGUAUUAUUGGAAAUGCUGCUACUUGAAUUGUGUCCUGAACUGCGAAUUCAUUUAGAGAAGGUUAAAGCAGCUCAGGUUUGAAUGUUCAGGUGAAUUAGUAAGAAGAAUGUCUAUUGGUAAUAAUAGACAUUAAACAUUUCCCUCUUUUCCAUAGAGGGUUGACUGAAAACUUCUGAGAAUUUGUAUAUUUUUCUUUUCUUUUUUUUAGAUUUACACAAAGCAAAGGAAAGCAGACUUGAAAAGAACAGAUGAUAGGGUAGAAUGCCAGCAAUGUGUAGUUUCUGGCUUUUAUUUAACUUGUUAUAUGAAUAAAUCUCUUUAAGAUACAGAUUGAAAUGUGAAUGUUAAUAUAAGAUAUAUGAAAUAUAAAAUAUUUUAAGCAUUUACAAAAGGCAUUUUGCUUUAGUGAUAUCUUAAUGGAUGUUGUACAGUUAUUUUUUUCGCUGAAGAUACUCACUGUUUCUCUAUUUUCUUGUGUUUUGAUGAGCCUUGUUGUGCAAUAUAUGUAAAGAAACUGUGUAAAUUUUACUGCUUUUAUUUUUACCAAAGAUUUUCCAUAGUUUGCAGCCUUUGUAAGCAAUAAAUUAUAAAAGUAGA